ACUAAAAGUUGUCAUCUGUUGGCAACGCCACGUUUCUUGGCGUGCGACCAUAGUAUUACAUCUGUAAUUCAUUUAUGUUUUAUUAUAUAUGUAAGACCAGUGUGUAUCGAAAUUGGACGAUGUUAAGAUGUGUCCGGUUGUGGAAAAGAUUUCCGACGAGGAUGGGAUUCGAACCCACGCGUGCAGAGCACAAUGGAUUAGCAGUCCAUCGCCUUAACCACUCGGCCACCUCGUCAUGUGGUCGACUGAAGAGAAGUUUUUGUUCCUUAUCAUCAGUGUUGAACCUCAGACUAAACAUGGUGGACUCCCAGUACUACCUCCCAAAUGACAUUGGCGUCUCUGCACUUGACUGUGGUGAGGCCUUCCGUUUGCUCUCACCUCAGGAGAAGAUGUAUGCCCACUACCUGUCACGCGCCGCCUGGUAUGGCGGUCUUGCUGUGCUGCUGCAGACGUCCCCUGAGUCGGCAAACAUCUUUGUCUUGUUGCAGCGAAUCUUCAGGAAGCAGACACCAUCACAGCUGGCACAGGUCGCCACAGCAGCUGGACUCAGCUCUGAGGACUACCAGGCCUUCUUGGUGUAUGCAGCAGGUCUGUAUGCCAACAUGGGAAACUACAAGUCUUUCGGAGACACUAAGUUCAUCCCAAACCUGCCUAAGGACAAGCUGGAAGCUCUGGUGAGGGCCAGCCAGGCAUUUCAGGAGCAGUCUGCUGAGAUGGAGGCUCUGUGGGACAGCUGCUCGUGUCUUCUCUACUCCCUGGAAGACAGACAGAAACAGCUGGGGCUAGGCGACAAGGGAAUCACCACGUACUUCUCAGGAAACUGCUGUCUGGAGGAUGCUGAGCUGGCUCAGAAAUUCCUUGACUCAAAAAAACUGUCUGCUUACAACACCCGUCUGUUCAAGAGGGACGAUGGAGGGAAAGCCUGUUACGAGGUGCGCUUGGCUUCAGCUGUGCAGAAAGAUUGUGCAGUGGACGGGGAAUGCGAGUCAUGCUGCGGCAGCUUCAGCUUUGAAGACAAAGAGUUCACUGUGAAGAGAGGAGACUAUGCUCCUCUCAUGGAGAAAGUCUGCCAUUACCUCCAACAAGCACAGGCCUACGCUGCCAAUGAGAACCAGAGAAAGAUGCUUGAAGAGUACAGACGCAGCUUCACCCUUGGCUCAGUUGAAGCCCAUAAAGAGGGAUCGCGCUACUGGAUCAAAGACAAAGGACCAAUUGUUGAGAGUUAUAUAGGUUUCAUAGAGAGCUACAGAGACCCAUUUGGCUCCAGGGGAGAGUUUGAAGGUUUCGUUGCCGUGGUGAACAAGGCGAUGAGCGAGCGUUUCGCCAAGCUGGUAAGCUCAGCAGAAGUCUUGCUUCCUGAGCUUCCUUGGCCCAGGGAGUUUGAGAAGGACACUUUCCUGAAGCCUGACUUCACCUCGUUGGAUGUUCUCACCUUUGCUGGGAGCGGAAUACCAGCUGGCAUCAACAUCCCCAACUACGAUGACAUCAGACAGUCAGAGGGCUUUAAAAACGUGUCACUAGGCAACGUGCUGGCUGUAGCCUAUGCUACACAAAAAGAGAAACUCACUUUCCUGGAGGAGGAUGAUAAGGAUUUGUUUAUCAAGUGGAAGGGCCCAUCGUUCGAGGUGCAGGUUGGACUUCAUGAGCUGUUGGGCCAUGGAAGCGGCAAACUGUUUGUCCAGGAUGACAAGGGCAAGUUCAACUUUGACCAGAGCAAGGUGAUCAACCCAGAGACUGGCGAGCCGGUGUCCAGUUGGUAUCGGGGCAGCGAGACGUGGGACAGUAAAUUCUCCACGAUUGCUUCCACUUACGAAGAAUGCCGCGCUGAGUGCGUCGGACUCUAUCUGUGUCUCAACAAGCAAGUGCUCAGUAUUUUUGGCCAUGAAGGCCAGGAUGCAGAGGAUGUGGUGUACGUCAACUGGCUCAGUAUGGUCAGAGCUGGACUGUUGGGCCUGGAGUUCUACACACCUGAGAGCAAGAGCUGGAGACAGGCUCACAUGCAGGCUCGCUUUGUGAUCCUGCGUGUUCUGCUGGAGGCUGGGGAGGGCCUGGUGGGCCUGGAGGAAGUGACGGGAAAGGAUGGCAUGCCCGAUGCUCGAAUCACACUGGACCGGAGCAAGAUCCACACUGUGGGCAAGAACGCCAUCCACAGGUUCCUUUGUAAACUGCAGGUCUUCAAGUCGACAGCAGAUGUGGAUGGAGGCAGGGCUCUCUAUGACGGAUACUCCACUGUCAGUGACAGUGGCGCUUACAAUUUCUUGCGUCUCCGGGAGACGGUGCUGCUGAGGAAGGAAGUUCGAAAAAUGUUUGUCCAGGCCAACACCAGAGUCAGUGGGGACAGUGUAGAGCUGGUGGAGUACGAAGGCACCGUGGCAGGUUUGAUUUCCUCCUUCACUGAGCGCUUCCAAGAUGACGCAGAGCAGCUGGAGGCCGACCUUCUGGAGCUGAGCAAGAGAGACGCCCCUUGCUGGUGUUGAUGGGACAUCUGCUCCUUGGGCCUUCAAAAAUACCAGCUGGAAUCAGAUUAAAGCAUAUGUGAGAGCAAAGUGAUACUUACUGGAUGUUAAAACACACAAAACUGCAGAGUGAUUCAAAUCCUUUUAGAGGGCACUUCUGAAGAGACUAAAUUAAAGUUUCAUACUUCAAAUAAAGCCAUAGGACAAGAACAAAAAUGCCAAAGACACCAGCCACAGUUUUUCUAGCCACGACUCAGAAUCUUAAAGCAUCAGGUCUGUCUUUGAUAACUGGAUCAAAUACAAAUAAAUGAGCUGAUAUUAGUAGUCACUCUUUUAGAUGCACUUAGAAAACACGUUUUUUAAAAAUGAGAAGUGUCGACAACUGUCCAUAAAACCAACGCUGCCUGACAGUUAAAAUGCUUCCUGGGUAUAAAGGCUGUAGGCAGUUUUUGCAUUUUAAUCAUGGCAAGGUCAAAAAUUGGCUUCACAGAUCUUCACAAAAUAAUCAUUACGAAAUCUUUUGUCAGUACUUGAAAUUUUACUCAACUUAUAGCUAAAAAUGAUUCCAUCUUCACAGCUUGACCAUUGAGUUAGAUGAUUCUACAGCCUUGGUGUUUGUGAUUAUUUCAAUGCUUAAGACAGGUUGAUGUUAAUUGUAAGGUAAAAUAAUACUUAAUGCUAAUUUUUGCCAGGUUUGGUAUAAAGAAGUAAUGGAUUAUUUGACUGUAGAAAAUAUUGCUGUGUCCGGAAGGCCUAAAAAUACUCUGUACUUAAGAAAUAUGGUGUUAAAUCUGCACAAAUAAAAUUUGUUUGAUAAGA